CGUCGACGCUCAUUCAACUCACUCUCAGAACUCAGAAGCCUGUGUACAGAUCGAAUUCCAUCUCCGAUUUGAUUAAAAAAACAAAACGGCACCUCAGCCAUGACGGCGGAGACGCUGCCGUACCAGAAUGGCGCUGUGUCCAACGGCGGUGGCAGUGGUGUUGCCUCCUCAAAUACUAACGUGGUCGCCAAUGGAGAUCCGUGUGCCGCAAACCCUAGCUCCGGCAAGAAGGCGAGAGAGAGCGAGCGUCGCCGGCGGAGGCGCAAGCAGAAGAAGAACAAAGCUGGUUCCCAUGCUCCUGAUGCUUUAGCAGCAGCCAAUGGCGACGAUAGCGAUGCCGACGAGGCGAAGGAGAACGAUAAUCCUCAGAAGGGUUUCGAGCAAGUUGUAGUGGAAUAUGUUCCCGAGAAGGCUGAGUUGGAAGAUGGUGUUGAUGAUGAAUUCAGAAAGAUCUUUGAGAAAUUUAGUUUUCUCGAGGGCACGGCUGCUGAGGAUACUGAUAAGAAAGAUGAAGCGGCACAAAUUGUCGAGCCUAAGAAGAAGGCUGACUCAGAUUCUGAUUCUGAAGAGGGGGAGCAAGAUAACCAGCAGAAGGAUAAGGGUGGCUUGUCAAACAAGAGGAAAAAGCUUUUGCGAAGAAUGAAAAUUGCAGAACUGAAACAGAUUUGCUCAAGACCUGAUGUGGUUGAGGUGUGGGAUGCUACUGCAUCAGAUCCAAAGUUGCUUGUAUUCUUGAAGGCAUACAGAAAUACUGUUCCGGUACCAAGGCACUGGUGUCAGAAACGGAAGUAUCUUCAGGGUAAGCGUGGUAUUGAGAAGCAGCCAUUCCAGCUCCCUGAUUUCAUUGCUGCAACAGGAAUUGAAAAAAUUCGUCAGGCAUAUAUUGAGAAAGAGGAUGGUAAGAAGUUGAAGCAGAAGCAACGAGAGCGAAUGCAGCCUAAGAUGGGGAAGAUGGAUAUUGAUUAUCAGGUUCUUCAUGAUGCCUUUUUCAAGUUCCAAACAAAACCAAAAUUAACAAAUCACGGUGACUUGUACCACGAAGGGAAGGAAUUCGAGGUGAAACUGAGGGAGAUGAAGCCAGGGUCUCUUUCGCAAGAACUAAAAGAAGCUCUUGGUAUGCCUGAAGGUGCCCCUCCACCAUGGCUUAUCAAUAUGCAGAGAUAUGGUCCUCCGCCAUCAUACCCGCAUUUGAAGAUCCCUGGACUGAAUGCACCAAUCCCUCCAGGAGCUAGCUUUGGCUAUCAUCCCGGUGGCUGGGGCAAGCCUCCAGUUGAUGAGUAUGGGCGGCCUUUGUAUGGAGAUGUUUUUGGGGUUCAGCAACAAGAACAGCCUAACUACGAGGAAGAGCCGGUUGAUAAGAGUAAGCAUUGGGGUGAUUUGGAGGAAGAGGAAGAAGAGGAGGAGGAGGAGGAAGAAGAAGAAGAAGAGAUGGAAGAAGAGGAACUUGAGGAUGGCAUUGAGUCUGUUGACAGUCUUUCAAGUACACCAACUGGUGUUGAAACACCUGAUGUUAUUGACCUCCGUAAACAGCAGAGAAAGGAACCUGAUAGGCCGCUCUACCAAGUUCUCGAACAAAAGGAAGAGAGUAUUGCUGCUGGAACGUUACUUGGCACAACUCAUACGUAUGCAAUUCCUAGCGGUACUACCCAGGAUAAGAGUGCUGCUAAAAGGGUGGAUCUGAUUAGGGGAAACAAGGCUGCUGAUAGAGUGGAGGUUAGUUUGCAGCCUGAAGAGUUGGAAGUCAUGGACAAUGUUCUAUCUGCCAAGUACGAGGAAGCCAGGGAAGAGGAGAAAUUGCGGAGUCAAAAAGAGGACUUCAGUGACAUGGUUGCAGAGAAUGAAAAGAAAAGGAAGCGCAAAAUGCAGGACAAGGAAGGAAAAUCGAAGAAGAAAGACUUCAAGUUCUGAGGAGGUAGACAUGCGAAUUGAACCACUGUUAAUGUUCUACUACCUGACACUAAUAACAAAUUCGAGCUUUUGAGUCCUUGUGCACUGUGUAUUGUUUUAUCGACACGACGAGAUAGUUCUUGCUAAUUAGGGCACGGAGCGGCUGGCUGAAAGAGCGAAUGUUUAAUGCAAAGUCUUCAGGUAGAGAUGAAAAGGUGUGCUUAUUCACAGUGUAACAAGAGCAUUGAUUUCUUGGGCUAGAUAAAGAUCUGUAACCUACAUCUUCCCCUGUUUUGUGCAACUUUGUUUGUAUGAACAAGGAGAUUGCAUUGAUAUAUAUUAUUAUAAAGUGAACGUCUUCUGUUGGGAAGCCCUUUGUUCCACCGAGGUGGAAACUUGAUCCCUUGGAUCAACAAGAAGUUAUGGGCUAUGAAAUUGUAUAUUGAAUUGUGUGUGAGCCAAGUUACUUUCCUCCCAAGCCUGGUUGUCCUUCUUCCUCUUCCCUUUGCGGCAUGGCCCCUUCUUUCCUUCUUCUCUGGGCCUGAAGCGCCUAACAUCCUGCACACAAGGAGCCUAGUGGACCUGAGUGGUCCGUUAGUACUCCAACGCUCAAAUAAGACAUUUGCGCUAGAGAGAGAAGUAAGAAAAGUUUAGAAAGAAAAGUUCCAAUAUGAGUAAAUGAGGUUCACCAACUCUCAUAUUUAUAUCCGAAGCUUCUUCGACCAUUUAUCCACCCCCCCCCCCCCCCAAUCCGCCUCACGUCACUAUUACAUUAAAUGCACUGUACUUUCACAUUGCCAGGCGCCUCGACCACCUGACACGACGUUCAGAUGUUCGAGGCGCAUGACCUCAUUUGCUGCGCCCACCAUACGCUUUCGCCACUGUACUUUCACAUUGCCAGGCGCCUCGACCACCUGACACGACGUUCAGAUGUUCGAGGCGCAUGACCUCAUUUGCUGCGCCCACCAUACGCUUUCGCCCGUUAUGUUUUUUUGUCCUUAAGCGUUUUGUGUCAGAAUCUUAUCACACUCCUUUAGCCAACCUUUUUCCCCCAUUGAACCAGGUUUUCCCACUGUUGGGCCUAUACUUCAAACCAAGUUUUGCCCUUUGAGCCUCUUUAUUGAGCCUUUUCAUGGCCCAACAAAUUGUAUUUCGUCUUAUUGUUAUCAAGUGAAUGUCUUCUUUGGGGAAGCCCUUUGUCAUAUUGAGGUGAAAACUCCAUGCCUCAGGACCAGUGAGGUGCAAACUCGGUAUUUUACUGCAAGGCUUUUCUUCGAGAAGCUGCGGCUGAGUUGAGGAGAGUUUCUCAAAUGUGUAUUAAGUUAUAGGUGUGUCAGAGUGGUGGAGGGGUGUUCUAUCUAUUGAAGUUAGAGGCGGCAAAUGGAUUCGAUUCAUGAAUCAUAAAUUAGUUCAUGUAUUCAAAUGACAUUCAAGUUUGGACUAAUAUGUUAAUUUUGGGACGACGUGUGGCUGUUUGACGGACCUCCCCUGGACGAUUUUGCUAGCAAUCUACCAGCGGAGGCGAGGAAGUUGAAGGUGGCAGAGCUUGU